AGAAAGAUGGUGGACGUGUGCGAGCGCUGGUGGGGCGAGCUGCUGAAACACCCGUUGCUGGAGCAACUGAGGGAGAGCGGCCGGCGCCUCAACGAGCCCGCCAAGAAUCUCAUCUUCUGCCUGGAUAGCGAUAUCUUCUUCUGGGAUGGAGCGAAGAGCCUGUUUUACACCACCAACCUCAAGAAUCUGAAUUCCGGGGUCGUCUCGUACCAGACAUUAUUCUGCAUAAACCCACCUUUGUUUGAAGUGAAUGAAGUCUUGCUUAGUCCAGCACAGCAUCAUGUGCUGCUUAUUGGAACUAAAGGUAUGAUGGUAUUGGAGCUGCCACAACGAUGGGGCAAAAGAUCUGAGUUUGAGGGUGGAAAAUCCAGUAUCAAUUGUCUGACAGUUCCUAUAGCAGAAAGAUUCUUUACGAGUUCAACAUCACUGACAGUAAGACAUGCUGCUUGGUACCCCAGUGAAACUGAGGAGCCUCAUGUUGUUGUAUUAACCUCUGAUAAUUCUGUGAGGUUUUAUGACUUGAAGCAACCUCAGAAUCCCGUCAAGAUGUUCAGUCUUACUCAGAGUGAAGAAGAAAGUAUUGUACCAACUACAAGUAGGUCAUAUGCAGCAACAUUGGGUGAGAUUGCAGUUGCAUUCGACUUUGGACCUUUGAUGAGUGCUCCCAGGCAUCGUUCCAAAGAGGUCUUGGUUCAUCCACUCUAUAUCCUCUAUGAAAAUGGUGAAACCUUUUUAAUAUACUGCAAUCUUACUCAGAAAAGCACUGGUCUUAUUGGAAAAUUGCUGGGUCCGCUGCCCAUGCACCCAGCUGCUGAGGAUAAUUAUGGAUAUGAUGCUUGUGCAAUACUCUGCCUACCCAGUGUCCCCAACAUUCUGGUCAUUGCUACUCAGUCUGGCAUGCUGUAUCACUGUGUUGUGCUUGAGGGGGAUGAAGAGGAGGAUCAGAUGACUAAUGAAUCGUGGGACCUGAGGUGUGAGCCUGUCCCUUCCCUAUACGUAUUUGAAUGUCUGGAAUUGGAAUUGACCCUGAAGCUGGCAACAGGGGAUGAUGAUGAGCAGCUACAAUCAGAUUUCUCCUGUCCAAUCACAUUACACGAAGAUUCAUUAUGUCCUACGCGUUAUCAUUGCACACACAUUGCUGGUGUACACAGCAUUGGGCUAACGUGGGUCAACAAACUGGAGCAAUUUCUCCUUGCAGAAGAACAAGAUAAAACUUGCCUCCAGGAAUUGGCAACAGAGCAGAAAUGCAUAGUGGAACAUAUUCUGUGCACCAAGCCACUGCCAUGCAGUCAGCCUGCACCAAUCAAAGGAUUCUGGAUCAUUUCAGAUCUCUCUCUAGGAGCUGCAAUGAUUUGCAUUAUGGAUACAUAUGAAUGCAUCAUAAGACAAUUACUGGCAACCACACGACCAGUGUCACCACCACUACUGUGUUCCAACCCAGACGUCAGCUCCAUAGUAUCACCACUGCGGAACUUCUCCAGCAGUUCCUUCGAGCAACACAUCGCCAGCAUUUUGCGUCGCAAUACAACAAAUCCAUUGCAUCUGAGAGCUUCAGAUGCAGAGGGAACUCCGCCACCACAAGAGUGCUUGCAGCUUUUGAGUCGAGCCACCCAAGUUUUCAGAGAAGAAUAUAUCCUCAAACAGGCUCUUGCAAGAGAAGAGAUAUCACGGAGGGUGAAGCUUCUAAGUAAUCAGAAGAAUAAGCAGCAGGAGGAUCUUGUGCAGUGCCUCAAGGAGCAAAAGCUUCUACAGGAAAUGGCAGAGAAGCUUGCCAGUAAAUAUGAAGAGGUAAAGUUCAAACAAGAAGAAGUGUUGCAAAGGGUGAAGAACAUUUUACACAAUUUUAAUUCACGUCUUCCUGUGCUGUCUGACAGCGAAAGGGAUAUGAAGAAAGAACUUGUUGUUAUCCAUGACCAGCUCGGUGACCUGGCAAGCAGCAUUACACAGGUUCAAAUGAAGACUGAGUAUCAGCAGAAGGAAAUACAGCCGGAAGAGAAUGGUUUCCCUUCUGCGCGGAAAAAGAGCAUCACUCUCAGUGCGUCUCAAAAGAAAUGCAUCCAUUCGGUGCUAAAGGAACAGGGUGAACAUAUCGCUGAAAUGGUGAAGAAAAUUAAUAGCAUACGAACUCAUAUAAACUUUUAAAUGUUCUCAGACAGCAGUUUAUUCUUCAAAGUGAAAUGUUUGUAAAGGUGUCCAGGAUGCAAAACAAUGAGAAUUCUCUAGAAACAAGAGGCAGCCUUUCAGACGCUUCAAAACUUCCAGCUUUCAGUUUUGAUGGCAUUUUGUACGAGAUAGAAUUGGUUUGUUUACAAUACACAAGGUAUUCAGAUUGGUUUUUUAUAGCCCUCCCUUAAAGGUGAUUAAAUUAGUUUUGUUUUCUAUAUUUCGUUAUUAAAAAGCUCCUUUCAAGAGAAUAUUGUCUUCUGUCAAGUCCCUGAUUCAUGCUGUGGACAGAUGCACCCCUUGUGUAAAGACUAGAAAUUGGGUGAAACAGCAGGUAUUCUAUGCUUUAAAGGAUUAUAUAUCAACUGGAUCCGCUAUUUGGGCAUCAGCUUUUAUGGGGAGCUGAAAGCAAACCUCUUGGAUAUGCGAUGCUGUUGAUUUGUUUGUUUACUUAGGCCAUUCAACCCAUUACCUCAAUACUGACUGAGCAAUCCCAUAACCCUCGUGUCCCAGACCCAUUUCCUACCAUAAACCAUGCACAAUUUACAGUCACUGAUCAAUCUAAAAACAUUUAUAGAAGGAAACCUUGGUGUUACAGAGAGAACAUGCCAACUCCACACAGACAGCCCCAGAAGUAACAUUGAACCUGGGUGGUUGGAGCUGUGAGCCAGCAGCACUAGACUGCAGUGAUCAACAUUCUCUACCACUGAAAGUGCUCAUAGUGCUGCCAUUUCAGUCCAUCUCACCACAAGUGUGUCAGCCGUAAAUGCUAGGUGCUUAACCCAUUGGCAAAACAGGAUGCUGCUCAGGCAGUGUAAUCAUCCUGCCUCAGUCUGUUUCCAUAAUGACUAAAGAAAACCCUUUAAUAUUUGGAAAUUUCAGGAGCUCCUGCAGAUGAGUCUGUCACCUUGUGCACUCUGUUAUUUUUGUACCACACAUAUUUUACUGAUGUGAAUCCAUAUUUUGGAUGAAGGAAAAGUGCUGUGCAAAAAUAAAGUUGGCCAAUCUGUGAUGUGUGGAUCAUGUCAAAAGUUUCACAUUUUGCUCAGUUUUGCACUCUGAAGCUAAAAUUAUUAAACCUGAAACCUAAAGUAUAGAAGCAAAUGACUUAUUUUCAAAAGGUAAACUGCGAUGCAGUUAUUGUACUGCACAAACUUUUGUCUGAAUAAAUAUUUUUGUGGUACUUUUUAUAA